AUGUCUAUAUUCAAGUUAUCUAAUUUAUUACUCUUACAAAUCAUCACAGAUAUUGAAGAUAAUGUAGAUAUAAUAUGUUUGUUGUUGACUUGUAAACAUUUGUAUCAUAAUAGUAGUUUAAAGAGAUUGAUUAGAUUUAAAGGAAUAAAAGUUAUAGAUACACGUAAUAGAGAUGUAUCAAAACAGUUUAUAGCCACAGUCAAUCACUUUAACCUCAACUCUUUUAAAGAUAUAUUGGUGAAUAGUGUAGCAGAUCAACAUACACUACUGCCUGAUAGCAAUGACUAUCCCAAUUGGAUACAAGACUACAUCACUGAAGAAAACAGAGUCAAUAAAAGUAACAUUGCAUUGGUUAACUAUUAUGACUCUAAAUCAAUCAUACCAAUCUACGAAAUACCAUCAAUCGAGACACUAUACAUCAACCAACACCACCACUCUAAUAAAGUCGAUCUUUCCUCCAUCUCUCUGCUACCACAUCUUCAACGACUAUCAGUUCGUUCACAUGGGAUGCAGUUAGGUCACCAUUCAUCUCUCAAGUCACUUGUACUUGGUAUCAAUGACACAUACGCUCGACGAUUUGACAUUACUGAUUUGGAGCUCAACCAAUUGGUUUCGCUGACCGAGUUGACCUUUAAGAGUUUUAUAGAGACUAAUCUAGAGUAUGAUAUCUUUCCAAGUAGUCUUACAUCACUCACUCUUCGGAUGAUAAGGAUACCUGCACGAGAUGCAUUCCUUCCAUUAACAUCCCUCGUACACUUUAAGUUAAUCAUGGAUGGUAGUGAAUUUAGUCAAGAUGAGGUGGAACACCAACAAUUCAUCGAUCUCUCAAGUCUAAACAACCUCAAGUCAUUCAAAUUUAAAGAAAAUGAAAGUGCAGCAGAGUAUAAUAUAGAGAUUAGUUUACCUCUAUCAAUCAACACGCUUAUACUAUUGUCCACUUACAUACAAAUAUCAUCACAAUCUAAAAUGCCAUUUUUGGAGAAAUUGUAUGUCUAUCAUAGUUUAUUGAUUGAUGAAAGGAUACGUUUAUCAUCAUCACCAUCUCUAAAGAAACUAGUUAUUUAUGAUUGCUAUAGUAUGAUAUCGUCCACUAUCAUCAUCCCUAAAAGUGUUGAAAAGCUAACAAUUCAUAAUGAAACAGAUCAUUAUAUACUUGGACAAGUUGUAUUCCCACCAUCACUCACUCAUCUAUCAAUCAUUGGCAACUUUUAUGAACCUGUCAAACCAUUACCAGAAUCUCUUAUCAAACUAAAGCAGACAGUCACCGAAUCUUCAUUAUUACUAUCACUUCCUCAACAUUUAAGGCGUCUCCAUCUUCAAAUCAAUGUUUCAAGUUUUAAACAUUUGGCAUUCCCGUCAUCUUCCAACCACAACAACAACAACAACAGCGAUAACUAUCCACCUCAUCUUGAAACUUUAAAUUUUAAUAUUAAAGGUUACUCUACAAUUGACAUUCCACCAAUCACCAAAUAUCUAUCACUAUCACUUGAACCCAACCCUAAACCAGGUCCAAAUGACCCUCAACUUCCAAUCUAUUCAAUUAGUUCUAGGAUACCCAUAACCAUCACUGAUCAAUCACAACAAUGGUUACCAGUCAAUACUACUCAUCUAACUUGUGGUAUCCCAAGAGACCUACGUAGGAACUCUGAGAAAGACUGGGUUGUUGCAUUUAGAUUAGAUGAAGUAAUUAAUCACACCACUGUUAGAUAUUUAUCUCUCAAUUUUUCCAAUCGUUAUUCCAAAGUCAACACAACAUUACAAUUUUCAAUUCAAAGAUUGGACUCAGACAAUAAAAAUGUAUUGGUAUUAGAAAGACAGACACUCGCAGGUGGAAUAAUCACUCAAAGAAGAAAAUCAAUCAACACUCUACAACAAAAAGAAUUUUACCCAAUUUAUUUAUAUUAUAAUUCAAAGUCUCUAUCUCCAUUUGAAUUUAGAUGGAGUUUUACCUCCUUUAAAUAA